AGCCCGCCCCAGUUCGGAUCCACACGUACACGUGCGCCAUGGUUUCCGUCCAUUCUCUGUGCCUCUCACUAGUGUAUCUCGGCACGGUAACAUCGUUCGUAACUCCAUGUGCUUGGAACAAAGUGACUGGAACGGCCCGGAGCACGAUUUCUGGGCAAUCAACCGGUUUGAGAAUGGCAUACGGCAAGGUGUUCGUUGCUGGCGGUGCCAAGGGGGUAGGACGUGCUGUGAUCGACAAGCUGGUCGACCAGGGGUCUGAAGUUGUGGCUCUGGUUCGAAGGGAAGACGCCAAGGACGAAUUGGAGGCAAUCAAGGGCGUUUCGGCGGUGGUCUGUGACGCCUUGGACUUGAAGGGGGUUGAAGCGGUUUUGGACGGCUGCGACGCUGCAAUCACUACCCUUGGAGGAGCCCCUGAAGGCGACGAGAGCAAACGGGUAGACUAUGCGGGGAACAGAAACGUGAUCGAAUCUGCGGGCAUUCUCGGCAUUACUCGGGUCGUGAUGGUGACGAGCGUUGGGUGCGGCAGCAGCCGUGAGGCAAUUAGUGACCAAGUUUACCAGGUUCUUGAGAAAGCUUUGAAGGCGAAGACCCUGGCAGAAAACAUGCUACUCAAGUACUACACCAACUCAGAGUGGACGAUCAUCCGCCCUGGGGGACUCAAAAGCGACGCUGCCACCGGAACCGCUAUACUAACAGAGGAUACGAAGGCGGCAGGGGUGAUCAACAGGGCAGACGUGGCCGAUCUGGCAGUGCAAGCGUUGAACUCGCCUAGUACCGUAAGAAAAAUCCUCACUGCUGUUGAUCCGGCGGUUCAAAGCAGCUACGACAGUGCCGAGAAACCUGCGGCAUUUGCGCUGUAGAAUUGUACGACAAGGUCCGAUAGAGUGCCUGAUGGUUGCUUUAGUCGCGUCCAUCCUUCAGUGUGACUUGUGAAAUUUUCAUGCGAUUCAACACG